CCAUAUCACCCUUUUUUAAAGUUAAAAAUUGUGAAAAAAAAAAUCAUUAAUCCUUCAAAUAUCAAAACUAAAAGAUGAACCAAUUUUUACCCUCUCAACCUAAGCGUGCCCGUAUGGAUACUCAAAAUCAACAGCCGCCUACAAAUAAUAACGGCAAAGCUAGCGCUUCCCUCUCACAAGAAUCGGAACAACAAAUUGUUCAAGACACGUACGCCCUCCCAGCGAAAUCUGCUGCGACAUUAAUUAUUGUCUUUAUUUCAAUAAUUUUAUAUAUAUUAAUUUUAUAUAAGGUGGAAUUACUGGAAUAUUCGAGGUUAAAAAUAGAAAGUAUCUUGAAUAUCUUGAAUGAAAUUUUUCGGAUGCCAAUUGAUGACCCAGUCUUUCGUAAUCUUGCCAAUUCAACUACAAUAUUAAUUGAAGAUCUUGUUAAAUUUAAUAUACCAGCAAGUGAUAACGUAAAAGAUCUUCGCAUAAUUUCGAUUUACUUGUCCGACGUCAUAUCCUCAAGUUCAGAUCCUACCAAUUUAUCUCCCUCAUUAUAUCUUAAAAAUCUUGGUGAUAAGACAUACGAUGUAGGAAAAUAUAUUGGAAGUAUAUAUGUUUCUGGUUCAUUUACACUUGAUGAACUUUUUAAUGAAUUCCAAGAUAUUCAACAAAAUUUAUCGAUAUCUUCUAAAGAUGAUCCUUUAUUAUUAAUUCAAAAAGAAGAGACACAAUAUUUUUAUGAUAAAGUAUACAAUUUGAUAUCAAGAUCUAAAGAUCCUUUAUUGACUCAAAAAAAUGCACAAUAUUUUUAUUCAAGAUUAGGUCAAGUUCUCAAUCUAAUAACAAGAUUUCAUGGUAAAUUUGUUAAAAUUGAGAAAGAAAUUCAAGACAUUCAAAAGUUAUAUCGUGGUUAUAAUAAUGCUCAAGGAUUUUCAAAUAUUAUUAAUUACAUUAAUGAGAAUGAGUCAACAUAUAAACAAAUAUAUGAUAUGGAAACAGUUCAACAAAAGUUAGAUAUUGAACGAAGACAAAUGGAUCAAUUGAUGGCUAUUGAUCAUGAAGUUAUAAGAAUCAAAGAAAGUCUCAACUUAUAUAAAAAUAAUCUUAAUGAUUUUAUUGAGAGAAUUAUAAAUUUAAUUAAUAGAAAAAUUAUAACACAUGAGGAUAGUCAAAUGUUGAGUGAAGUCCUAAAUAGUGUGGACAAAGCAAAGGAAAUUUGGAAAGAGAUGGAUGUUUCGGAAAAUAAUCGUUUGUUUCGAAUAGAAAAUUAAUUCUUUCAUUGAUAAGUUGAAGGAAGAUACUUGAUAUUAUCAUCAUAUUUAGUUGUUUAUCAUGUAAAUGUAAAAUAAUAAAAUAACGCCUAUUUAUAAAAUUAAACAAAUUAAGCGAAAAAGAACGAUUUAAUGAAAUAAAUUGA